GUAUAUCACGUCCUUGAAACAGUUCAAUUCAACACUCGUCUAGCUGAAGUUAAAUCAACCCGAUCUGCUAUACAGGGAAAUGAUGGGUUUUCUCUGCCUUCUCCUCUCUCUGACUGCUUUACAAGUGGAGGCUUUCAGUGGGGGAGGAUCUUCCAUUGCUUCUCAGUGUGGCUCAAUGCUACCUGGUAAUAGUUUUCAUGGCAGCACAGGGCAGAGCUCUUCCUCACCAUACACUGUCACUGUCAACCAGACCACCUACCAGCCAGGAGACACCAUCCAAGUGACUCUGUCAGGAACCUUCACCUAUAAAGGGUUUCUUCUGGAGGCCCAUGAGGAAGGACAGAACAAGGCUGUGGGAACGUUCUCUCUCGGCAGUGGGACUGGAAUCAUUCUUGUGCCUUGCAAUGGGAUUGCAGCCUCUGGGGUGAGUCAAAGCAACAAUCAACCUAGAUCAUCAGUAACAGUCACCUGGACAGCACCAUCCUCAUCCUCAUUGGGCAACAUCGUAGUCAAGUCAACAUUUAUGAAGACCUCCAGUGUAUUUUGGAUUGCAGUGCCUAGCGUGACAGUUAACCGACUGUCCUCAGUUGUCAACACCACAAGUGCUCCUACUACAACUACAGCUCCUAAUACAACAACUACUGCUCCUACGACAACAACUACAACUCCUACUACAACAACUACAGCUCCUACUACAACAACUACAGCUCCCAUGACAACAACUACCGCUCCAACUAAAACAACUACUGCUCCUACUACAACCACUACAGCUCCUACUACAACAACUACUGCUUCUACUAAAACAACUACUGCUCCUACUACAAAAGCUACAGCUCCUACUACAACAGCUACAGCUCCAAAUACAAUAACUACAGCUCCUACUACAACAACUACUGCUCCGAAAACAAAAGAUUCUGCUACAACAACUACUGCUUCUACUAAAACAACUACAGCUCCGAAUACAACAACAACUACUGCUCCUAAUACAACAAUUACAGCUCCUAAUACAACAAUUACAGCUCCUAAUACAACAACAACAGCUCCUACUACAACUACUGCUCCUACUAAAACAUCUACUGCUCCGACUACAACAACUACAGCUCCUACUAAAACACCUACAGCUCCUACUAAAACAACUACUGCUCCUACUACAACAACUACAAAUCCUACUACAACAACUACAGCUCUGACAACAACAAAUACAUCUCCUACGACAACAACUACUGCUCCUACUACAACAACUACAACUCCUACGACAACAACUACAGCUCCUAGAACAACAACUACAGCUCCUACGACAACAACUACAACAACAACUACAACUCCUACUACAACAACUACAACUCCGACUACAACAACUACAUCUCCUAGAACAACAAAUACAUCUCCUACGACAACAACUACUGCUCCUACUACAACAACUACAACAACAACUACAACUCCUACUACAACAACUACAACACCGACUACAACAACUACAUCUCCUAGAACAACAACUACAGCUCCUACGACAACAACUACAGCUCCUACGACAACAACUACAACUCCUACUACAACAACUACAGCUCCCACGACAACAACUACUGCUCCAACUAAAACAACUACUGCUCAUACUACAACAGCUACAGCUCCUACUACAACAACUACUGCUUCUACUAAAACAACUACUGAUCCGACUACAACAACUACAGCUCCUACUAAAACAACUACUGCUCCUACUACAACAACUACAGCUCCUACGACAACAACUACAACUCCUACUACAACAACUACAGCUACUACUACAACAACUACAGCUCCCAUGACAACAACUACCGCUCCAACUAAAACAACUACUGCUCAUACUACAACCACUACAGCUCCUACUACAACAACUACUGCUAUUACUAAAUCAACUACUGCUCCGACUACAACAACUACAGCUCCUACUAAAACAACUACAGCUCCUACUACAACAACUACUGCUCCUACGACAACAACUACAACUCCUACUACAACAACUACAGCUCCUACUACAACAACUAGAGCUCCUACGACAACAACUACUGCUCCUUCUACAAAAGCUACAGCUCCUACUACAACAACUACAGCUCCUACUACAACAACUGCAGCUCCUACUACAACAACUACAGCUCCUACUAAAACACCUACAGCUCCUACUAAAACAACUACUGAUCCUACUACAACAACUACAAAUCCUACUACACCAACUACAGCUCCGACAACAACAACUACAUCUCCUACGACAACAACUACAACUCCUACAACAACAACUACUGCUCCUACUACAACAACUACUGCUACUACGACAUCAACUACAACUCCUACUACAACAACUACAGCUCCUACUACAACAACUACAGCUCCCACGACAACAACUACUGCUCCAACUAGAACAACUACUGCUCUUACUACAACCACUACAGCUCCUACUACAACAACUACUGCUUCUACUAAAACAACUACUGCUCCGACUACAACCACUACAGCUCCUACUAAAACAACUACUGCUCCUACUACAACAACUACUGCUCCUAUGACAACAACUACAACUCCUACUACAACAACUACAGCUCCUACUACAACAACUACAGCUCCCACGACAACAACUACUGCUCAAACUAAAACAACUACUGCUCCUACUACAGCCACUACAGCUCCUACUACAACAACUACUGCUUCUACUAAAACAACUACUGCUCCUACUACAAAAGCUACAGCUCCUACUACAACAACUACAGCUCCAAAUACAAUAACUACAGCUCCUACUACAACAACUACUGCUCCUAAAACAAAAGAUUCUGCUACAACAACUACUGCUUCUACUAAAACAACCACAGCUCCGAAUACAACAACAACUACUGCUCCUAAUACAACAAUUACAGCUCCUAAUACAACAAUUACAGCUCCUAAUACAACAACAACAGCUCCUACUACAACUACUGCUCCUACUAAAACAUCUACUGCUCAGACUACAACAACUACAACUCCUACUAAAACACCUACAGCUCCUACUAAAACAACUACUGCUCCUACUACAACAACUACAAAUCCUACUACAACAACUACAGCUCUGACAACAACAAAUACAUCUCCUACGACAACAACUACUGCUCCUACUACAACAACAACAACUCCUACGACAACAACUACAGCUCCUAGAACAACAACUACAGCUCCUACGACAACAACUACAACAACAACUACAACUCCUACUACAACAACUACAACUCCGACUACAACAACUACAUCUCCUAGAACAACAAAUACAUCUCCUACGACAACAACUACUGCUCCUACUACAACAACUACAACAACAACUACAACUCCUACUACAACAACUACAACACCGACUACAACAACUACAUCUCCUAGAACAACAACUACAGCUCCUACGACAACAACUACAGCUCCUACGACAACAACUACAACUCCUACUACAACAACUACAGCUCCCACGACAACAACUACUGCUCCAACUAAAACAACUACUGCUCAUACUACAACAGCUACAGCUCCUACUACAACAACUACUGCUUCUACUAAAACAACUACUGAUCCGACUACAACAACUACAGCUCCUACUAAAACAACUACUGCUCCUACUACAACAACUACAGCUCCUACGACAACAACUACAACUCCUACUACAACAACUACAGCUCCUACUACAACAACUACAGCUCCCAUGACAACAACUACCGCUCCAACUAAAACAACUACUGCUCAUACUACAACCACUACAGCUCCUACUACAACAACUACUGCUAUUACUAAAACAACUACUGCUCCGACUACAACAACUACAGCUCCUACUAAAACAACUACAGCUCCUACUACAACAACUACUGCUCCUACGACAACAACUACAACUCCUACUACAACAACUACAGCUCCUACUACAACAACUAGAGCUCCUACGACAACAACUACUGCUCCUUCUACAAAAGCUACAGCUCCUACUACAACAACUACAGCUCCUACUACAACAACUGCAGCUCCUACUACAACAACUACAGCUCCUACUAAAACACCUACAGCUCCUACUAAAACAACUACUGAUCCUACUACAACAACUACAAAUCCUACUACACCAACUACAGCUCCGACAACAACAACUACAUCUCCUACGACAACAACUACAACUCCUACGACAACAACUACUGCUCCUACUACAACAACUACAACUCCUACGACAACAACUACAACUCCUACUACAACAACUACAACUCCGACUACAAGAACUACAGCUCCUAGAACAACAACUACAGCUCCUACAACAACAACUACAGCUCCUACGACAACAACUACAGCUCCUACGACAACAACUACUGCUCUUACUAAAACAACUACUGCUCCUACUACAACAACUACUGCUACUACGACAUCAACUACAACUCCUACUACAACAACUACAGCUCCUACUACAACAACUACAGCUCCCACGACAACAACUACUGCUCCAACUAGAACAACUACUGCUCUUACUACAACCACUACAGCUCCUACUACAACAACUACUGCUUCUACUAAAACAACUACUGCUCCGACUACAACCACUACAGCUCCUACUAAAACAACUACUGCUCCUACUACAACAACUACUGCUCCUAUGACAACAACUACAACUCCUACUACAACAACUACAGCUCCUACUACAACAACUACAGCUCCCACGACAACAACUACUGCUCAAACUAAAACAUCUACUGCUCCUACUACAGCCACUACAGCUCCUACUACAACAACUACUGCUUCUACUAAAACAACUACUGCUCCUACUACAAAAGCUACAGCUCCUACUACAACAACUACAGCUCCAAAUACAAUAACUACAGCUCCUACAACAACAACUACUGCUCCUAAAACAAAAGAUUCUGCUACAACAACUACUGCUUCUACUAAAACAACCACAGCUCCGAAUACAACAACAACUACUGCUCCUAAUACAACAAUUACAGCUCCUAAUACAACAAUUACAGCUCCUAAUACAACAACAACAGCUCCUACUACAACUACUGCUCCUACUAAAACAUCUACUGCUCCGACUACAACAACUACAACUCCUACUAAAACACCUACAGCUCCUACUAAAACAACUACUGCUCCUACCUCAACAACUACAAAUCCUACUACAACAACUACAGCUCUGACAACAACAAAUACAUCUCCUACGACAACAACUACUGCUCCGACUACAACAACUACAGCUCCUACUAAAACAACUACUGCUCCUACUACAACAACUACUGCUCCUACUACAACAACUACAACUCCGACUACAACAACUACAGCUCCUAGAACAACAACUACAGCUCCUACGACAACAACUACAGCUCCUACUAAAACAACUACUGCUCCUAAUACAACAAUUACAGCUCCAAAUACAACAACUACAGCUCCUACUACAACAACUACAGCUCCUACGACAACAACUACUACUCCAACUAAAACAACUACUCCUCCUACUACAACCACUACAGCUCCUACUCCAACAACUACUGCUUCUACUAAAACAACUACUGCUUCUACUACAACAACUACAGAUCCUACUACAACAACUACAGCUCCUACUACAACAAAUACAGCUCCUAAUAAAACAACUACAGCUCCUAAUAAAACAACUACAGGUCCUAAUAAAACAACUACAGCUCCUAAUACAACAACAAAUACAGCUCCGAAUACAACAACUACAGCUCCUAAUACAACAACUACUGCUCUGAAUACAACAACUACACCUCUUAAAACAACAACUACACCUCUUAAGACAACAACUACACCUCUUAAAACAACAACUACACCUCUUAAAACAACAACUACUGCUCCUAAUACAACAACAACUACACCUUCCUAAUACAACAACUACAGCUCCUACUACAACAACUACAACUCCGACUACAACAACUACAGCUCCUAGAACAACAACUACAGCUCCUACGACAACAACUACAGCUCCUACGACAACAACUACUGCUAUAACUAAAACAACUACUGCUCCGACUACAACAACUACAGCUCCUACUAAAACAACUACUGCUCCUACUACAACAACUACUGCUCCUACGACAACAACUACAACUCCUACUACAACAACUACAGCUCAUACUACAACAACUACAGCUCCUACGACAACAACUACUGCUCCAACUACAAAAGCUACAGCUCCUACUACAACAACUACAGCUCCUACUACAACAACUACAGCUCCUAAUACAACAACGACAGUUCCUAAAACAAAAACUUCUACGACAACAGGAACUUCUACUAAUACAACAACUACUGCUCCAACUAAAACAACCACAGCUCCAAAUACAACAACUACAGCUACUCCUACAACAACCACAGCUCCAAAUACAAUAACUACAGCUUCUACUAAAACAACUACUGCUCCUAAUACAACAAUUACAGCUCCAAAUACAACAACUACAGCUCCUACUACAACAACUACAGCUCCUACGACAACAUCUACUACUCCAACUAAAACAACUACUCCUCCUACUACAACCACUACAGCUCCUACUCCAACAACUACUGCUUCUACUAAAACAACUACUGCUUCUACUACAACAACUACAGAUCCUACUACAACAACUACAGCUCCUACUACAACAAAUACAGCUCCUAAUAAAACAACUACAGCUCCUAAUAAAACAACUACAGGUCCUAAUAAAACAACUACAGCUCCUAAUACAACAACAAAUACAGCUCCGAAUACAACAACUACAGCUCCUAAUACAAAAACUACUGCUCUGAAUACAACAACUACACCACUUAAAACAACAACUACACCUCUUAAGACAACAACUACACCUCUUAAAACAACAACUACACCUCUUAAAACAACAACUACUGCUCCUAAUACAACAACAACUACACCUUCCUAAUACAACAACUACAGCUCCUACUACAACAACUACAGCUCCUACUACAACAACUACAGCUCCUACUACAACAACUACAGCUCCUAAAACAACAACUACUGCCCCUACUACAACAACAACUACUGCUCCUACUACAACAACUACAACUCCUACGACAACAACUACUGCUCCUACUACAACAACUACAACUCCUACUACAACAACUACAGCUCCUACUACAACAACUACAGCUCCUAGAACAACAACUACAGCUCCUACGACAACAACUACAGCUCCUACGACAACAACUACUGCUCUUACUAAAACAACUACUGCUCCUACUACAACCACUACAGCUCCUACUACAACAACUACUGCUCCUACUAAAACAACUACUGCUCCUAAUACAACAACUACAGCUCCUACUACAACAACUACAGCUCCUACGACAACAACUGCAGCUCCUAAUAAAACAACUACAGCUCCUAAUAAAACUACCGCUCCUCAUACAACAACAACUACUACUCCGAAUAAAACAACAAUUACAGCUCCUAAAACAACAACUACUGCUCCUAAACAACAACAACCACAGCUCCUAAAACAACAACUACAGUUCCCAAUACAACAACAACUACAGCUCCUAAUACAACAACUACAGUUACUAAAACAAACACUUCUGCGACAACAGGUACUGAUACUAAUACAACAACUACUGCUCCUACUGAAACAACUACAGCUCCUAAUACAAUAACUACAGCUCCUACUACUACAACUAAUGCUCCUAAAACAAAAGAUUCUGCUACAAGUACUGCUUCUACUAAAACAACUACAUCUCCUAAUACAACAACAACUACUGCUCAUAAUACAACAAUUACAGCUCCUAAUACAACAAUUACAGCUCCUAAUACAAUAACUACAGCUCCUACUACAACAACUACUGCUCCUACUAAAUCAACUACUGCUCCUACUACAACAACUACAGAUCCUACUACAACAACUACAGUUCCUAAAACAAAAACUUCUGCUACAACAGGAACUUCUACUAAUACAACAACUACAGCUCCUACUAAGACAAUACCAGAUCAUAGUCUAACAACAACUACAGCUCCUACUACAACAACUACAUCUUCUACUACAACAACUACAGCUCCUAAUAAAACAACUUCAGCUCCUAAUAAAACAACCACAGCUCCUAAUAAAACAACCACAGAUCCUAAAACAACAAUUACACCUCCUAAUACAACAACUUCAGUUCCAAAAACAAAAACUUCUACUACAACAACUACUGCUCCUACAUAAACAACUACAUCAACCUAAUACAACAAUAACUACAACUCCUAAUACAACAACAACUACAGCUCCGAAAACAACAACUACAGCUCCUCAUACAACAACUACUGCUCCGAAUACAACAAAUACACCUCUUAAAACAACAACUACUGCUACUAACAAAACAACUACUGCUCCUAAUAAAACAACUACAGCUCCAAAUACAACAAUAACCACAGCUCCUAAUACAACAACUACACCUCCUAAUACAACAAUUACACCUCCUAAUACAACAACUACAGUUCCUACUUCAACAACUACAGCUCUUAAUACAACAACUACAGCUCCUACUACAACAACAGCUCCUACUACAACAACUCUAGCUCCUACUACAAUAACUACAGCUCCUACUACAAUAACUACAGCUCCUACUACAAUAACUACAGCUCCUACUACAACAACUACUGCUCCUACUACAACAACUACUGCUCCUACUACAAAAACUACAGCUCCUACUACAAAAACUACAGCUCCUACUACAACUACAGCUACUAUUACAACAACAACUACAGGUCAUACUGCAACAACUACUGCUCCUACUACAACAACUACAGCUCCUACUACAACAACUACAGGUGCUAAUACAAAACUACAGCUCCUAAUACAACAACUACAGCUCCUACUAAAACAAAUACAGCUCAUAAUACAACAACUACCGCUCCUAAUACAAUAACUACAGUUUCUAAAACAACAACAUACAGCUUCUAAAACAACAACUGCACCUCCUAAUACAACAACUACAGUUUCUAAAACAAAAACUUAUGCUACAACAAGUACUGCUACUACUCCAACAACUACUGCUCCUACUAAAACAACUACAGCUCCUACUACAACAACUAUGGCUCUUACUGCUACAUCUGCUACUCCUACUACUAUGACUCCUAAUACAUCAACAAUCAACAAUUCAAUCUACAAUCUGCUGCUACUGUUCUACCUCCUCUUGCACUUUUGGUAAUGUCCUCAGACACAUUUGUGCAAGUGUAGAUACAGAAUUAUUAUUAUUAUUAUUAUUAUUUAUUUUUUUGGAAAGGUUUUAUUGGUACAAUUCCUUUAAAAACAGCUCAUACAUUUUUUACAUCAUUUAUACACAUAAAAACGGCAAAAAAGCAUAAAACACAGCAUUUGAAAGUUACAUUUAAAUUUGUUAAAAAGUACAUGUUGUUAAAACCAAUGAAAACAACUAUGAAUAAAAGUACUUUCCUUGUAAAAACAUCAAAUCUGUAAAGGCCAUUUAAAAUGUGUACUAAUGAUCUAACAAAGGUAAAACAUUUUUAAGACAUGAAAAAUAUGUUAAAAAGCCACUUUGUUAAAAGGCUGUCUUCAGUCCCUUGUACAGGAGCGGGGUGAGUCUUUAUCAAGCUCACCUCAUCCUGCUCUUCUGAAUGGAUCAUCUUCCCGUCCUUUGGGGCCCAGAGGGGAUCCCUCCCCUAGGCGCAUCGCCCUAGGCGCUGCAGCGCUGUCAGGCCGUGGCCGCCGGGACCUAGGGUGUUGUGGGGGACCCUUCGCUUGGGGUCGAGGCCCCCUUUCUUCCCAGGGCUUCCGUGGCUACCAUGGCCACUGCCUGGGGGGUGGUCUCUACGUUUUUCGCUACCAGCAGGUUACGGGAGGACCACAGUGCUUCCUUCAGGCACGUGAGGGUGGGCCAGAGCUUGGUGAAGGUCUUCGAUGGAAUGGGCCUUCGGUCCACCCCAUACAGCACGAGCUGAGGUGUUAGGUCCUCCCCUGCUGGCAGACACGAGGUGAUCAGGGGGCCUGCUUCCUUCCACAGGUCCCUGGCGGCUCUGCACUCCCAGAGCAUGUGCCUCACCGACUCUUCUUGGCCGCAGCCUGGUCGGGGGCACGCGGAUAUCCUCGCCAUGCCCCGUGAGUGCAUAACGGCCCUGACCGGGAGGAUCUCGUGGGCGACCAUCCAGGACAGGUCCCGAUUCAGGAGAGCAGGAUGGGCCACGUUGCGCCAAACCGUUGUGGGCUCACCUAUAGCGAGCCCGCGCACUGGACAUACUGGUUCCCGAUCCUGCACAAGAGAGAGAAGAGAGCGGUGUUUUGUUAAAACCGUGACUGUUUCUUUUUCCAGUUUAAAAUGUCUUAAAAACUUCUGGAGCUGGACGUAGUGCGUGGGUAGCAGGAAAGAGACUGGGGCUCGCAGGUCGACUGGGAUCAGCCUCAGGGUCCUGAGGUAAGAUCCCAGCCAGAACCGUGCGAGGGCCUGAGUCUUAUUAUUGUACUAUUUUUAACUCCAUUUAGCUGGCACUGUUGAGUAUAGUGCUAUUCCAGAUUGGCUGGUGUGGUCUCUUGUAGUUCAACAGUCGAUUUUCACAGCGGUUUUUAAACCUGAUCAUUAUGAUCCAUUACAGCACGCAUAACAAAGUACUUAAUACAAAUCUAGACAUGUUCUUCUCUUUCUACAGAAAUGCUAACAACAUUUGUGUAAGGUAACAAAAAGUCUAAAACAUUGAAUUACCCACAAUCCUCUAAUGUCACAUGACAAGUUAUUGAGAAAACCUGUCUGAAAAUUAAGUCACUUUAAAACCUUUUCCAUGUCAGGUCCCCUAAAUAAGGGUCUAGUAGCAGUUCUGGACCCUUUCCGAACAACCAACAGUUUUGUGAGCAUAGCGAUCUGUGAACAAUGAUAUGACAUGUAAACUUUGGCAUACAGUCAGUUGUGUGAAAUAAGAUUGAUACUAAGUUGCACGCAAUUUGUGCAGGGGGGUGUUUGACAGAUGCAAGCAACAAAACAUUUGAGCAGAAUGCUUCAUGUGACAUUGGCUUUAUGCUCAGUGCAAAAACUGAGUCUCCCCAUGUAGUUGUUGCUGCCUGCGGGAAGCUGAGAGCGAGAGUGUGAAAUUGGAUCCUGCAUUUGCAUAAUAUGUGACGUGUCACAUUUUUGGGCCUAUCCAGACAAAGAGUAGAUAUCCUCUGGCUAUGAGCAUCGGAGCUCCACUUGUGAUCAGGCAUAUGUAAGGGAAGAGCCUAGAGAAUGCAACAAAAUCAAUCUCGGAUUUACAGCUCUCAACAUUCAAUUUGUAGAAUUUAAACAUGACCAAAUUCGCUUUGUCACAAAGGGACAAAAUGUUGCGCUUAAAGCCAAGGUUGUAACGAGUCCGCAUGUAUUUGAAUCGUGUCUCUGUGUCACUGAGGACGCAGGACAGAAUGUUCUCUGUAAUCAGCAGUAUGAAAUGGUGCCAUAGAGUAGAAUCAUUUUUAUUUGACAGUUGUAAGAAAAGUGCAAUUAUAUAGUAAGUUGUUUAGAAUUUGAUUGCUACUAUAUUUAGAGGACAUUUACAUGAUUUCAAGCCCUAUUCACCCACUUUUGUUGAAUAUGAAAAUGAAUUAAUAUGAUAUGUAUUAUUUUCAUAUUCCUUGUACUAUGUAAUUGAGCUUGUGUCCUCAAAAGUGAGUAUAGUACACCUCAGCUAUUUAUAUACAAUCGGUACAAAAAGGUGAGCGCUUUAUCUUUUUUUGUAGUACAGUUGAAGUCAGAAGUUUACAGACACUUAUGUUGGAGUCAUUAAAACUCCUUUUUCAGCCACUCCACACAUGUCUUGUUAACAAACUAUAGUUUUGGCAAGUCUGUUAGGACAUCUACUUUGUGCAUGACACAAGUCAUUUUUCCAGCAAUUGUUAACAGACAGAUUAUUUCACUUAUAAUUCACUGUGUCACAAUUCCAGUGGGUCAGAAGUUUACAUACACUAAUUUGACUGUGCCUUUAAACAGCUUGGAAAAUUCCAGAAAAUGAUGUCAUGGCGUUAGAAGCUUCUGAUAGGCAAAUUGACAUCAUUUGAGUCAAUUGGAGGUGUAACCGUGGAUGUAUUUCAAGACCUACCUUCAAACUCAGUGCCUCUUUGCUUGACAUCAUGGGAAAAUCAAAAGAAAUCAGUCAAGACCUCAGGAAAAAAAUUGUAGACCUCCACAAGUCUGGUUCAUCCUUGGGAGCAAUUUCCAAACGCCUGAAGGUACCAUGUUCAUCUGUACAAACAAUAGUACGCAAGUAUAAACACCAUGGGACCAUGCAGCUGUCAUACCAUUCAGGACGGAGACACGUUCUGUCUCCUAGAGAUAAACGUACUUUGGUGCGAAACGUGCAAAUCAAUCCCAGAACAACAGCAAAGGACCUUGUGAAGAUGCUGGAGGAAACAGGCACAAAAGUAUCUAUAUCCACAGUAAAACGAGUCCUACAUCAACAUAACCUGAAAGGCCGCUCAGCAAGGAAGAAGCCACUGCUCCAAAACCGCAAUAAAAAAGCAAGACUAUGGUUUGCAACUGCACAUGGGUACUUUUUGGAGACAUGUUCUCCGGUCUGAUGAAACAAAAAUAGAACUGUUUAGCCAUAAUGACCAUUGUUGUGUUUGGAGGAAAAAGGGGGAGGCUUGCAAGCCGAAGAAAACCAUCCCAACCGUGAAGCACGGCGGUGGCAGCAUCAUGUUGUGAGGGUGCUUUGCUGCAGGAGGGCCUGAUGCACUUCACAAAAUAGAUGGCAUCAUGAGGGAGGACAAUUAUGUGGAUUUAUUGAAGCAACAUCUCAAGACAUCAGUCGGGAAGUUAAAGCUUGGUCGCAAAUGGGUUUUCCAAAUGGACAAUGACCUUAAGGACAACAAAGUUAAGGUAUUGGAGUGGCCAUCACAAAGCCUUGACCUCAAUCCUAUAGAACAUUUGUAGGCAGAACUGAAAAAGCGUGUGCGAGCAAGGAGGCCGACAAACCUGACUCAGUUACACCAGUUCUGUCAGGAGUAAUGUGCCAAAAUCCCCCCAAGUUAUUGUGGGAAGCUUGUGGAAGGAUACCCAAAACAUUUGACCCAAGUUAAACAAUUUAAAGGCAAUGCUAUCAAAUACUAAUUGAGUGUAUGUAAACUUCUGACCCAUUGGGAAGGUGACGAAAGAAAUAAAAGCUGAAAUAAAUCAUUCUCUCUAUUAUUCUUCUGACAUUUCACAUUCUUUAAAUAAAGUGGUGAUCCUAACUGACCUAAGACAGGGAAUAUUUGCUAGGAUUAAAUGUCAGGAAUUGUGAAAAACUGAGUUUAAAUGUACUUGGUUAAGGUGUAUGUAAUCUUCCGACUUCAACUGUAUGUAUCAUUACUAGUUAUUUUUUUUAAGGCCCUCAUGAUGAAUACAUUUUCUUUUUAGAUGAUAUUUAACAGGUUUUUCAAACAUAAUUUAUCUUGUAGUUGUGUUUAGAAAUGUAUCUAUGACCACUUUCUUUAUGGGUGUGAUUGUCAGUGGUACAGCAGUUAGCCAGCUCUUGGCCGGCCUAAUCAGAUCAUGCAUUUGUGAUUGGUGAGUUUGCUGUAGCAUCAUAUGCCCAAUCACAAAACCUUUGCGCCCUGCUAAUCAGGGUGGAACUACACCGGCGCAGGAUUUCCUUUGUCAGCUCCUGGUCAGCCGUCAACCUUUUAUAAAUCAGAUACUUAGACAAUACAGGAAGCUUUCCAUUCAUCACCAAAACAUACUUCAUUAAUUACAACAACAAAAUCUGAUGAACCUGCUGAUGUUAAACAUUGUUGAUCUUUUUUCAGUCCAAUGAGUCAACGAUUGUUGUGUAUGAAAAUGGAACAUUUACAGUUCAACACGCCUUGUACAAUGGAACUGCAUUUAUCAACAAAACACAAGUGGAAGUGACGUACAAAGAACUUGCUUAUGAUCCUAAUAUAAAAAUAAUCCAAUUGAACUUCAUCAUCCCUGAUCAUUUGGCUCCACUUUUGCUCCAAAACUUGAAUUUAAGGCCUAACGUGUUCUGUGUCCGAGGAUCUGUUGAGGAUAAUGGUGAUCUUGGCUCUCCCUCCAUCAAACUUUUGACAGGCCUCUCCAGUCAGGUUUCAUCAAGCUGUAGGAAACCCCUUUUUCACGGUGAGUGAAGUCGACUUUUGGUCAUUUCACUCAAUAUGGUCAUUGUACACUGUGGUCAUUGUGGACUGGGGUCAUUGUACACUGUGGUCAUUGUGGACUGGGGUCAUUGUACACUGUGGUCAAGUUCUGCCGAACUUCCAAAGGAGAACUUUACAUCCAAGUUUAACAUUUUAUUGAUUUGGCUAUUUUUGUUCAAUAUAUAUAUAUAUACUGUAGUCAGGCAUAUUUAUGCAACUGUGUAUAUCUUUUCUCCUGUCAAUUAUGUUUUGUUUAGUGUUUAUUUGUUUCAUUUAUUUUUUAUUUGUUGAAAUGUACAUAGCAUACAGUGUAAAACUAUUCAAAUAUACCAACCCAAUCUCUUUAUAUUCUUAUCAAUGCUAAUGUAAAUUAAUGUUUUUGUGUCCUGAUAAGAUGAGUCAUUCGGACGUUUUACAGAUGUAAUGUAUCUGAUACUGAAGGCCUUUUGCUCCACUAGGGGUUGAAAGGAACAAGUUCUUCAAAUAUUUGAUAUGGGAGAGCCUCUAGAGCAAGAGAAGUUAAGAAAUAUAUACUCUUAUGCAAGAACACUGUCCAUAUAUAUUUUGUACAUAAUUUCUUCUCCCGUACCAUAUAAUUUUGUAUUUCUUUGGCUGUGUUUACACAGACAGCCCAAUUCUGAUCUUAUGUUAUUAAUUGGUCUUUUGACCUAUCAGAUCAGCUUUAAAAAAUAGCUGAUGUGAAAACAUCUGAUGUGAUGGGUCGAAAGACCAUUUAGUGGAAAAAAAUUCACAAUUGGGCAUCCUGUGGAAACGCAUACUUUGUGAUGAUAAGACAUUUACAGGUCGACCAGAGAAGCCACAUCCCUGAUUGGCAGAUGAAUUGCAACGCUGAUUAGAAGCACCUGCUACUCACUGCUAACUCACCUGUCUACCUUAUAAUAAAUACUGUUUCUUAUUGUAAAAGUUGUGAACCUACACACUGUAGAAGGCUGUUCAGCCAAAUCAUAUGUGGAUGCUAUCCUGAUGUAGUAAAAAUAAUAACAAUAAAUCAAAAAUUAACUAA